CUCAGUCCCUCCUCGGUUACUUAUUAUCGCCGCCUGCACUCUCCACAAUCAUUUCACAGCAAGAGAGCGAGGCAGCCCGUCCGGGGGGACGAAGAUGAGACACGUUUGACUCGAAUAAACUCACGGAAACAGUGGAAUAGCUCUGAAUUUUUAAACUUCGAGGUCGAGAACAACGUUUGGAUACGAUGCGAGCGUGAGCUGGUUCACAGCUCAUUCAUAUACUUUCUACAUAAGAGAUCAACUCAUCUUUAGAGAAGAUACACAGUAUGUCGUCCACUGAGGAGCCGUCUGGGACGGUCCUGCACCGACUCAUCCAGGAGCAGCUCCGCUAUGGAAACCCCACAGACACACGCACCUUACUUGCCAUCCAGCAGCAGGCCCUGCGUGGAGGUAGUGGCAGCAACAGUGGACCAAGCAGCGGAGGCGACAUGGGCAGGAGCCCACGAUCCUCUUUGGAGAGUCUGACCCAGGAGGAGCCCCCUUUCCCUCAGCUCUCUGCAAGACAGGAGCCUCAAGGCCAGGAACACCAGGGGGACUACCACCACUCAGAGAGUGGCUACCAGCUCUACCAGCUGCACGGGGAAGAGCUGCCCACCUACGAGCAGGCCAAGGCACACUCUCAGUUUCUCGCCUCUCACUGGGGAACCACAGGCCCCAUCAGGCAGCUCCAUGAGGGGACCCUUGUGCAUGAGGGGACUUUCCAUGAAGAGGCAGAUCUGGUGGAGCUAAAGUGCACCCAUGUGCGGUCCCUCAGUGAGCAGCGCUUGCAGAUAUCUUUGGAGAGGAAUGAUGCUGCUGCUAAGGCCGAGGCCCUUAAAAGCACCUCUCACAGCUACCCUGAGCUCCCUUACUACACACCACAGGGACUCCAGAGCACAGGGCCUAGCCUGGACAAGCGAAGCCCUCCACCGGAGUACUCAACCCCCAUCCAUGGCCAAGGAUUUAUCCCUCAGCAGGUCCAGGAACCAAUGCAAGCACAGCAGCAGCAGCAGCACAGGUUUAUUCAGCCUGGUCAGCCAGCUGAACUCCCCUGUUACAGCACAUUCACCAGCCUGCCCCCUGCUGGUCUGGAGGAGCCUAACCAAGUGGAGCUGCUGCUGAUGGAGAAUGAGAGGCUGAGGCAAGAGCUGGAGUCUCACAGGGAGAAAACCGGACGUAUUCAGAAGUUGGAGCAGGAGAUCCAGCGUAUUUCAGAGGCCUAUGAGACACUGAUGCAGGGCAGCAGUAAGAGGGAAAACCUGGAGCAAACGCUGAGGAAGAGACUGGUGGCUGAGAUCAGGAGGCUGCAGGACUUCAACAGAGACCUCAGAGAAAACUUGGAAAAUGCCAGAACGCAUGUGGCAAAAGAAGUCGAAGUAGCUGACCAUAACCAGCACAUCAUGGCAAAGCUCCUUGAACAAAAUGAGGAGCAGAACUUUGAGAGGGAGCGCAUUGAGCGGGAGGUGCAGCGAUUGCGCUCCACAACAGAGGAGCAGAGCGCUAGAGCAAAACGACUCGAGGAGGCCCUGGAGGCCGCUCGUGGACGAGGUCGCCAGCUAGAAGAAGAGUUAAGGAGGAAGAGGGCAUACGUGGAGAAGGUGGAGAGGCUGCAGAGUGCGCUGGCUCAGCUGCAGUCCACCUGCGAGAAGAGGGAGAGCCUGGAGAUGAAGCUGAGGACGCGACUGGAGCAGGAGCUAAGGAGUCUAAGAGCACAACAGAGGCAGUCCCAGCCACCAGGAGUGACUUUGGGCUCGCUACAAGAGCGUUUACGUGAGCGGGAGGAACGAAUCUUGGCCCUGGAAGCUGACAUGGUGCGCUGGGAGCAGAAGUAUCUUGAGGAGAGCACCAUGAGGCAGUUUGCAAUGGAGGUGGCUGCCACUGCUGCAGCUCAGAGAGAUACCACCAUCAUUAACCACUCACCCUGCCACUCCUCUAACAACAGCUUCAAUGAGGAGCUGCCCGUUGCUGACUACAGGAAUCAGGAGAUGGAGAACAGGAUCCGUGCGCUCUAUGCGCAGAUUUUGGAAAAGGAUGCUGUGAUCAAGAUCCUCAAUCAGCGGCUGCAUCAGGACCAAGGGAAAAAGGACGAGCAAAGUCAUCGGACAAACCUCCUGACUAUGGCUGGGGCUCCUCUACGACCUGCCUUCUCCACUCCCUCCAUCAGCAUUACAACAAACAUCACAAAAAGUAGAGGAAAGAGUCUUUCAGACGAUCAAACUUUGCCAAAUUAUCAGUUCUCCGCUCAGUCUGAACCUGGAACGUUAGAGCGGCAGGUGGAGGGAACCAAAGCCAGAGAGGCUGCCAGCACCACUAAGCUCAACAGCGACAAAGCAGCGCCUAAGAAAAUGCUAUUAAACCCUUUCAGAGGCUUGGAUGAGCUGGAUUCAGAGGCAGUGGAAAUCUUCAUUUAAAGAACCAGGAGGUGGAUUUUGAAAGAGACAAAACAUUAUCUGAGAAUCUGUGAGGAGUGUGAGUCUUUGAGUGAAGAAUGGAGUAAAUAUUGGAUGGAAGAAUGUCGUGGAAAGAGGCCAACGCACGAAAAAAAGGACUGUUUUCACAUUUAGGGGGAGAGAAAGAGAGCUGUGCUCUGUCUUGAUCUUUUUCUCACUGAGCUGGACAGCUGCAGGCGGUCUGUGCAGCCAGGAGAGAGAGAAAAGAUGAAUCUUCUGAGGUACUCUGACAGUAUUGUGGAUUGUAACAGGGCAAAAUGUUCUCAGAGUGUUCUCAUAUAUAUAAUUGCUGCUUUAUCCCCUCUAUUUGAACCCCUUUCCCAAUCCAUUAAAUUAAAAAGCUACAUAUUUAUCUUAUCUGGUUUUCACAUUCCCCAAAUAUUAUGUUAAGGCCAAGCCCUUUUAGAUAAAUAUUCAGUUAAGUUUAUCAAUGUGACCUCUCCUUUCUUAAAAACUACAAUGUCAAACUGAGUCACCUUUUUCCCAUCAUCUUAUCUGCUUAGAAAGCCUGCCCUCCUUUUAAUAACUUAAACAGAGAAGACACAUUUGAAACACUGCUGAUUUAAUGCUCUCACAGUCCAUGUUUCUUGAGCUCCAGCAGCUGGUUCUGCAGAAGCUUUAGAGGUGCAUGAACGGUGAGAUGCAGAAUAUAUAUAAAAGACAAUUUGGGAGGUGUUGCAUCAUGGUGUUGAUUUCAUCAUCUGUUGCUUUUUCCUGAUAACUUCUCAGAGUAUGUUUGCAUGUGUGAUUCCAGUGAGUGUGUUUCCUGAUGUGGUGAUUCUGCUGGUUUGGUCACCACUGAGGGGAAAAAAGUUUUAAAAACUACAGCGUGUUGUUUACUGUGAGCUUUUGAACUAACAAACAGGUUAAUUAUUAUUAUUAUUAUUAUUAUAUAUUUUAUACAGAUGUUUGUAUUGUUAUUGUAGAUAUAUUAGAGCUUUGAGCAGGAUGCCAAAGAAUUUAUGUAUGUUUGUUGUAAGUUAUGUGCCGACAAUCACGGUCAUGUCAAGCUGUACACCAACCGAGUGUUGACUUCAAAAACAGACAUUUCUGUGAACUUCAACCCAUAUGAAGGUUUCUACAGUUGAAUUCAUGCAACAUUUCAUAAAGCAAUAAAAUAUUCUAAUAUACGUCAA